GGGUAUUAGUGAUGUAGCUGCUGCAAGAAGUUAGUGGCAGUGCAUUUACACAGUCUGACUGGUUAAUGCUAUGAGCUGAUCUGUGUCUGUGAUCGCUACUACAGAUAUACGCUGCAAUAUAUGACACACUUCUGUGAUUAAAAGUAAAAUGUAUUGGACUGGAUUAUAUCACAACUCCUAAGAUUCACCAUUGCAAUGAUGAGUAGUGUUUUGCCUGCAGUGACCGAGGAGCUCCUCAGAGAAAUAAAACGGGUGUAUGAAGAAACCUCACAAGUUUCCGAUGAACUACUGCUGGGGUUGAAAUUUAUUUUUGGGCCCACAGCCUUGUAUGCAUUGGAUCUGGUUGACCAGCACGCUGUCACACAUCUGACAAGUCCUAGUGGAAGAACUACAUUCCAGGUGACUGGAAGUUCCGGUAAGCUGUACACUUGUUAUUCUUCAUGCCAUUACUGCUCAUGUCCUGCAUUUUCAUUCUCUGUGCUCCGGAAGAAUGAUAACAUGUUGUGCAAGCACAUCCUUGCUGUUUAUCUCAGUCAAGCCUUGGGAAGUUGCCAGGAACUUACUGUGUCUGACAAGCAAAUGUGUGAUAUACUACUAGCAAAUGAAGACUUGCAAAUACCCUGACCUGGAAUGAAGAAAAAGAAAAAGCCAGCAAUGGAGAUGGUAGAUAACUCAUAUUAGCUUAGAUAUAAGUAGAAGAAUAAACUUUUCGUCUUUUUUAUUGUGUAUUAUUAAUAAUGAAAAAUAAAAGAAUGUCAGUUCUUUAAAACA